AUGGAUGUUUUGAAGUUUUCGUUGCUUAUCUGCGUUCUCCUAUGCCUUAAAGGAACCAUCCUUCAAGUAAGUUAGAAUACCCAGGUUCCCGCCAUUUCAGGAAUUCCUCGUUUGGUACGCCAAAUUUAAAAAUUUAAACGCGUUAGGUGGUAGUUCAUUAAUUUGUCUACCUUGAUUCAUUUUAUUCUUCUUCGUUCCCGAUUUUAGGCGCAAACAAGCAUGGAAAAUGUGAAAGCAAUAUGGAGUCGUUAUGCAAAAGUCACUAGUGGACUUGUAAGUGAUGUUUUUCGAUGCAACGACUGGAAACGAUUCUGUCAGUCUUAAAGGUUUGAUAGUGUAAGAUAGGUCACAUAAACAUGAGUGCCAGCGCCUAGAAUCAUCUUUGGCGUCUUUUCUGCAGCCAGCCAAUGGAAAUCCAAACAAACAAACCAGAAAACAAACAAACAAACAGUAAUUACAACAAUAACAAGAUUUGUGAUAACCUAGUGUUCCCGAAGAGAUGUAAAGUAACACAGGCCAAAAUAUUUCCAGAAAUAUUGUUAACUAAAGGCAAUUUUUAAUACAUAGCUGCCAACGUGAAUAGAAGAAAAAUUUGGAACUACACUUCCAGUUGUAUUUUAUGUAUUUACCUUAGUGUAACAUGAGAAAGGUUUUCUAUAAUUUCUUAUUUGCAUGUUAUGUAAUUCUUUCUGUUAAAUUUAGUGUUAAUUAUCGCUACCUAUCUAUCUCCCUCUCUCUUUUUCUCUCUCUCACUUUCUCUUUCUGGUAAGAGCACGUACUAUAAUGACUACCCAGGAGGUGGAGCAUGCGCUUUAGAUCCUGUAUCACCGCUGAACAAGCAGCCUGAUUGGAUGCUGGUUGCAGCUGGUAAAGGUGACUAUCAGGAGUCCCUCGGGUGCGGUAUGUGCAUUGAAAUUAAGGCCAACGGGGAACAAGCCACAGCCGCCAGCGGGGGACCCACACCGAUGAAAGGCACCUAUAAGGCAACCAUUUGGGACCUCUGUGGAGGAUGCAAACAAGGUACAGCGGUUAUAAGUCUGUUGUAAAAUUUUGAGCACGUGCGCUUUUGAAUAAAAACCACGAUAACAAUAACAGCUAAAUUUACCGACAAAGUGAGCUCCUAGAAAUAAUUGCGAAAGUUCAGAUCUAGAUAUUUAUUGAAUAAUUUACGAAUAUUUUAAUUUCCUCAAAUUGCGUUUUGCGCUCGAAGUUUCAAGGAGGCUCCUCAAGAAGAAAAUGUACCGAUCGAGCCGAGAUAAACUGGGGUUUGUAAAGCAUAACAUCGAUAGAAAUUGUGUUCUAUCACUGUUGGAUUAACUCCAAAAUGCUUCUGUUUGCCAGAGGUUUGCUAUCAGCAGUGCAGUGCUCAUGCGCAUGAGUGACAGUUGAUUCAUUUAGACUUCUUACCUUCUUUCCUCCUUUUUCUUCGUUUUCACUUUAUUAUAAAAUUUUGAUUUUUGCGAUUAAUUUGUAUUUUUGUUUUUGUUUUUUACUCCAUUCAGCUGGUUUCGAUUUUUACAGAAAAGGUUUUGGUAAGUACAAGACUUCAUUCAAGGCAAUCGAGUGCCCCACUGUGCCAGGUAAAGAUGGAAACAUUCAGCUCAGGUUUUCCGGCAGCGACAACUGGUAUAUAAAACUGCAAGCUCGGAACUCAAAGUUAGUACAGUGGACGAACAGUAGUCCUUUCCUAAAACGAAUUAUAUCAUAGUGCUGUUAAAUAAUUAUACUCGAGGAGUGGAGGUUAACUUCAAACCGCAAAGAAGGUAACCUAUGGUUGUUGACUGAAGUUAAGAUACAUCUUUGUUUGAGUCAGCAGCCCAUUAAGUAAUGGGCGCCUGUUUGAGUCGAAUUAAUUCUGACUAAAAUACCAAGCAAUGAGUAAAGGGAGUAAGUUUCUACAAAAACUUAGGUGCUGCGUCAGUGGGGUUUAUAACAGGAUAAUUUGGUUUUAUCUACUGAAUUGCUGAAUUGGGCACCGUAAACAGUAUCUACAGCUGAAGUUUUGCGCGUUAGCCAUUCGUCUGAUGAUGAGCUAUUCGUUCUGGCCAAAGGCUUUCGCUCGAAACUUCAGCUUUAAAAAAUUCUUUACGGUGGCCAACUCAUGCAGUUGACAAAAACAAACUAUUUUAAAACACCAAAAACCAACGUCAUAAGUACAUUUUUAUAUCUAUUCAUCUCAGGUUCUAACUACAGCCGAAAACUUGCUGAAUUGAAAUGAUUUUCAACGAACUGAACCAAUUUUAAAAUUGCUCUAUGGAUUAGAUAAACAUACAUGUAUAAAUCAAUGACUGUUUUAAGACCUUCUCUUUCCUACUUCGUCAGUUUUAUUUUUAUUAAUUUAUUUUUUUUUUUUUUUUUUUAUAAUCGGACUUAUUAGGGUGGUAACUGUUGGUAUGGAGAUCGAGCACAAUAACAAGUGGGUUUGUAUGAAACGAACGGCAGAUAACUAUUUUACCAUCAACGGCUUAGGAGAGAUAAAAUUUCCAAAGAAAUUUAGGAUAACCAGCAUCAGUGGCGAGCAACUGGUAGCCAUGGUUUCUGAAGUUACAGAUGAUGUGAAUAUUCCCACGAACAUACAGUACUCAGGGUUCAAUCCAGGUAAAGCUAUUACCGGGAGGUAACGUGAAUUCCUCCCUAUAGACUUUAUUCCAUAGGGAAACCUUAGUGUUCUCUUGUAAUUAAGGUAUAGGCUAGGAAUGAAUCUACAUGUGGCUUGACUAUGUGGCUUAAGAAAAAAAUUAGAUGCCGCAUGUCUAUUAUCUGGGACUUUGGACAUCGGGAAUAAACUGGAAGUAAUUUUAGGGGGACAUCCUAUGAAAGAAAACAAAUCCUUUAGCUUGAUCCAUUCUUGUGGCCGUUAGUUGCAGCCUUUACCCUCUCGUCGUUUAAGUAUGUAGUGACCAGUUUGGAAGGGGGGAUGGCGGGCAAGUAACGACGAUUGCUUCCCACAACUAAGUAGCCAGAGAUGUCAGCCUUUCUGGUGGCCCGAGGGGAACUGGGUGAGGAGAAAGCUGAUACUUUGGUACGAGCCACCCUGGCCAGAAUGGGGUUCCAUGACGAACCAAACCAACUCAGUUCAAGCUGAGUGCCCUCCUUUGAAAUUGAAAUUAAUGGAUAAAACUUAGAACCGCAGCAACAAUAAUAUGCAUCUUCUGCCUUUCAUAUCUGUUGUAGACAGCAAUCCAGAGAGCAUAAAAUGCUACGGACAAGACGGAAAAAGUGAACAACGUCAGUAAAUGAAAAGAAUCCCAUACCACAUAUAUUUAAAUCUAACUUGGCUUCGAUGUAACGUAAUGAGAGAAUGGGUAAAACGUUUAAGAUACUGGAUCAAUAUCAGUAUCUGGGCAACUGCCCACUUACCCCUCCCCUAACUCAACAUUAACCUUAACUUGUUGUCAAUUGACUGUUAUUGAGUUAGGGGAGGGGUAGGUGGGCAGUUGCCCAGAUACUGAUAUUGAUCCAAGAUACUUAAACAACAUUGUUUGGUGACGACAAGUCAUCCCUUGAUCUACAUCAUUAAAUAAAAAAUAACGAAAGUGUGGGAAAAAAAACAUUUAACGUAGUAAAAGAAGAGUUUCGCUGGAGUGGAGUCUAUUUGAGCCGGCAGAGUCAACUUAUCUGUAAUUAAAAAACACCUCAAUUAACAACAUAAUCAGAGGCACCAAUUUGUGCAAUCAGUUUUACAUCUGCAAGAAAUGCCGAGGGGAGUUUGAUCUUCUCAUCUAAAAAAUGCUUUCAAUAAAGAGCAGGAGCCGACUUUUUUUUUUAACGCCAAAGCGAGUCUGUUCAUAUUGUAAAGUGCAUUCUCUUCUAUGUUUCCACACCAUCAUUAUACACUGUUGUUUCAACAACCGUCUGAUUAUGGUGACAUGUCGUUACCAAAGUUUUAGUCACACAUUUAUCUCUUCUGCGUAGUAAUGUAUCGAUCAAAAAGUUCAGUUCAGUUACAGGCUACUGAGAUGGGUCUAAGGAGGAGGGGAGGAGGGGGGUAGGGAAGGAUAUUGAACAACAGCUCCUGGUCAUACUGGCUCAUCACUAGUGUCUUGAUUAUUAUAUCUAGCUGCAUUAAAUGAUAGCCACUGAUAUGGACUAUUAUCUAAUGAAAAUACUCCUAAUUUUUUAAUGCCACAAAAAAACCGGGAUAAGUUUACUGACUUAAAAUUGACUUUACCUAUACAUCUAUAGCUAUCGGUCCAACAAAUGCACCAGCUUCAGGAACGGCGGGAGGUACUAAGCCUACCCCGGCUGCAAGUACAAGUCCGUCUGGUGGUCAACCUCUGCCAACAUCCAAGGUACCAACCUCGGCAGGAGGGUCAUCCGCAGGUGGCAGUUCAGCGCCUUUGACAACGGCUGGGGGAAAUAAUAAACCCUCACCAUCACCUACUUCCAAACCUCCUGGAGGUAGGCACUGAUCAGUGUGACUUUCUUCAAUAGAUCCCUUCUCUCCUCCAAGAUAUGACCAGUAAGCUGUCGACCAUGCUGCUCUGUAUUUUUCCACUAAAAGUUGUAUCCAAGUGGAAAUCCCCAUCAUCUGUCGCUGGCUCUAUGCAGUCCUCCUUUUGGUUUUUUCGUAAUUUUUAUCGUGUGGAGGCGAGAGGUUCAGAUAAAAGCAGUGGUCUGUUAGGGGGCCUCCCUACUUUCCGGUCCCAUUCUAAACAGUGGGACAAUUUUUAGCUAAAGGGUGUAUUUUAUUAUUGCCUUAAUUUUCAGUUAACACACCUUUUUAUUUUUUCUUGGAAGUUAUGUAAAGAUGUACACCUUUCCAUUUAAUAUGAUAACAAUGAUAAGAUUUUUUUCAAGGUGUUUAUUGCGCACUUUCAGGGCCAUUCUUAAGAUAAAAAAAUUUCCGUUUCAGUCCUCAAGUUCCCUCAUCAUAGUAAUAAAUUGCAUCGCUAUUCUUUGCCACCUAGAACCAGAUGAGAAGUUUUGCAAUGGAAAAGCCGAUGGUUUAUAUGUUGACCCAAACGAUUUCAGCAACUUCUAUCAAUGUACCAAUGGCAUCACCUAUUGGAAGCAUUGUCCAGAGGGACUCCUGUUCAACCCUGACCUAAACGUUUGUGAUUGGCCUACAAACGUGAAAUAUAGGGCAGGUGGCCAAAAGGACGUUGACGAAAGGCCUCAUCAUGGCGGAAGCAUUAUUCAAAUUUUAAAGAAGAGCCAGGGCUUAGAAACAUCAAUUUUGUCAAAACAGCAGUGACAUAAAAGAUAAUUGCAUAUUCAUAUGGGACCUGGCAUGUAUCUGGACUAAGACUAACCUAGUGUCAGAAGCAAAGAUGAAGUUUGAAAUAAUGUUUGUUAUUCUUGCUGACAUCGACUCUAUUUGUUAGGACUAUAAGGGCUGAGCACAGUUUCAUUUUUUUUCAUGCCGCACACCGACAUCAUUCACAAUUAGUACUUUCCAUACCGUGCAUGCUUUUGUCACCACAGCCCAUAAUCAAAGUUACGGAAAGUUUUUGUACAUUUAGUCCAGCAAAACAGUUUUGAUUUGUGAGAUUAGUGUUAUGCACGGCAUAUGUCAGUAAACUUAAUCCUGUAAUGUUCAUGUAUAAAGAUUGGUAACCUACUACUUCUUGUUUCUCCAUAUUAUGGAUAAUAUCGCAC